UUCCUUCUUUUUUGUUCCUACCCUCUGGGCCGUCCCUCAUUUUCUUUCCAUUUCGCAACAUUCCUGGCCCUUUCCUGCGUUCGUGCAAGUUCCAAACAGAGCCUUAAGUUAGAUGAUAACAGAUCUGGCCUUCCCAGCGGCCACCUGUUCUCUUUCAGAUAUAUGUCUAGGUCGACAAUCCUAGAAACCAGUUCCGACGUCAUUGUCCAUGGCGUCCACCGGAGUUUCGACCUACCGAGACCGGACAUCGGAGUUCCGAUCUCUGUUCCAGACAUUGAAGAAGAUCGGAGGAGUCGCCGAUUCCGACAACGCAUCACAAAACGCUUCGUCAUCUUCGAGGCUGCCGGUGACCUCGUACCGAUCUGAAUUCAACACGAAGGCUUCGCGGAUCGGGUUGGGAAUCCACGAAACCUCUCUGAAGAUCGCCAGGCUUGCCAAACUCGCCAAAAAGUCAUCAAUUUUUGAUGAUCCAAUUAAAGAAAUUCAAGAAUUAACUUCCUUAAUAAAGGAUGAGAUCACAACACUUAAUGUAGCUGUCUCGGAUUUGCAAACACUGCAAAACGUGGAGAUAGCUGAUGGGGAUUAUUCAGAAGAUAGAGUUGUUCAUUCUACAACUGUCUGUGAUGAUUUGAAGAACAAACUUAUGGGGGCUGCAAAACAGUUUCAGAAUGUGUUAACUACCAGGACAGAGAAUAUCAAGGCCCAUGAGAACAGGAAACAGAUCUUCUCCACAAAUGUAGCAAGAGAGAACCCCUUGAGGCAUCCCACAAAUACAGUGAAUGAACCACCUCCUUGGUCAACUUCGCUUGGUCCUCCGGGGACUUUGCAGCCAUCAGCAUCAUCAUCAAACGGAGCCCUAGCUGGCAGCCAACUGAGACGAAGGUUAGGUGCAGAAAACACUCCAUCUCAAUAUGUGGAAAUGUCCAUGUUGCAGCAGGUGGCCCCACGUCAGGAAAGUUAUUCGCAAAGCCGUGCGGUUGCUCUUCAAAAUGUUGAAUCCACAAUUUCAGAACUCAGUGGGAUUUUCACACAUUUAGCGACAAUGGUUGCACACCAAGGGGAACUGGCUAUCAGGAUUGAUGAUAACAUGGACGAAUCGUUGGCUAAUGUUGAAAGUGCUCGCAAUGCUCUGUUGAGACAUUUAAACCAAAUAACAUCCAACAGGUGGCUCAUGAUUAAGAUCUUUGCCAUUUUGAUAUUCUUUUUGAUCAUAUUCAUUUUCUUUGUGGCUUGAUAUCAAUGCAUACCCAAUGAGAUACGCUUUUUACCAUUCUAUUGGUGCAUCUGAUAGUCAGGCACCUUGCCGUAGUGUUUUCAUUGUACCCAUUGGCUGCUUAUUUGUCAAGAAGCAUAUAUAGGUUGCUUAGUGUGGGAAUCGGGGAGCAUGCAACCCCCUGUACAUAUGCUUGUUGCUUGCCAUAUUUGGUUUAGUUAAUGGAAAAUGAUUUUCAGCCUGUGUGUCUGCAGGGCAGGGCCCAGGAUUUUCAGUACACUGAAUGUCACUGCCCUUUGUUAAUAUUGUGGAAGGGGUAAAUUAAACAAUCUGUAAUAAAUUAAUCGUUGUAUUUUAA